AUGAUGCAAAGUAUAAUGACCAAGAAGUAUAGGCCAAAAGUUGAUACCAGUGAAAAAAUGAAGAGGAAGGAGAGCUGUAAUGUGGGAGGUCCCUCGAAGAAGAAGAAAUGUAGUCAUUCUCUCUCCGUUGAUCCGUCCUCAAUAGUUAAUCCCACCUCCACCAAUCCAGUUGAUCCCUCAUUCAAUACAUCAAGUUCACCCAACCCCAAUCCCAAUCCAGCAAGUUCAUCCAACCCCAAUCCAACAAGUUCAUCCAAUGAAGACAUAUCUUUCUUCAAUGAUGAUUGCAAACAUCGGUAUGAUAAUUGUUUUUAUAAUAGACCUUUGUUAUUGGAGAGGGGUGUUGUACUGGAUGAAUUAAAAGAUGCAGGAUUAGAUGUUAUUUUUGCUCUUCAUUGA